ACAGUAGAGAGAAGAAGACCCCUGCCAUGCCCGGUUCUCCUGUGGAUGCUAAGACUCAUUCCAGAUCAGCCCCCAGCAGCAGCGCCAGCUCCACUAUGCCACCCCUGCCUUCUGUCAACCCCAGCGGCCCUCGCCCGGCCUCCUUUUCCACCACAGCAUUGACCAAUGGGAAUCAUCAUUCCCCACCAACCCUGAAUGCAGUGCCAUCUCCUCCGCAGCGUUACAGCAACGGACCGUCCUCUUCCUCUUCCUCAUCGCUGGCCAACCAGCAGCUGCCAGCCACCUGUGGGGCUCGCCAGCUGAGCAGCACUUUCCCCCCCCCCCCCCCCCGUUUCCCCCCCCCCCCCUCCCCCCGAUUGCAAAACAGCGUCCGAAGCCUGGUUCUGGCCCUCGUGAAUUCGACAGUUACCAUUGAGGAGUUCCAUUCACGGCUUCAGGAGGCCACCAACUUCCCUUUACGGCCCUUUGUUAUUCCUUUUCUCAAGGCAAACCUUCCACUUCUGCAGAGGGAGCUACUCCACUGUGCACGGGCAGCCAAGCAGACCCCGGCCCAGUACCUGUCCCAGCAUGAGCAUCUCCUGCUGAGCACUACCAUGGCCUCCUCGCCAGACUCCUCUGAGCUGCUGAUGGAGCCUCCGGAGGCUGUUACCAAGAGACACAGCCCCAACAGAGCUAAAGAGAAUGGUUUCCACGAACGUCCACCCGCAGCCAUGGAGCCCGCCGCAAAACGAAUUUGCACCAUUAGCCCUGCUCCCCGACACAGCCCCGCCCACCCGCUGCCCCUCAGCGCCCAGCUUCACCCGACCCCUCCACCCUUGCAGCACUAUGCCCUAGAUGACAUCGCAACGCCACACAUCCUACACCGCGAGCACAGCCAACGCAUGUUGGAGAUCCGCGAGCUCAAAGACAGGCCCAGACUCCCUGGCACUAACGGAGGCUACCGCGAGGAGCCAGUGGACCACAGACUGACAGACAGAGAGUGGGCUGAUGAAUGGAGGCAUCUGGACCAUGUGCUGAACUGCAUUGUGGACAUGGUGGAAAAGACACGGAGGUCAGUGAGCGUGCUCAGACGAUGCCAGGAGUCAGAUCGCGAAGAGCUCAACUACUGGAGACGGCGUUCAAACGAGCAGGAGGACCCUCGCAAAGGCGGCUCAGGCUCGGCUCCCUUCUCAAAGACACACAGCCCCCACUCUGCAGAGUCGGACUCCCAGCGCGACUUUGCUCCACGGCCAGGCUCAGCAUACGUUACAGAUGAGAUCUGGAGGAAAGCUGAAGAAGCGGUGAAUGAGGUGAAGCGCCAGGCCAUGGAUGAGGUUCAGAAGGCAGUAGCAGAGGCUGAGCAGAAGGCUUUUGAAAUGAUUGCUUCUGAGAGGGCUAAAAUGGAAAAGACUCUGGCUGACGCGAAGAAGAAGGCUCAAGAGGAUGCCAUCAUGGUCAUCAAUGAGCAGGAGGAUUCCAGUGAGUGUUGCUGGAAUUGUGGCCGCAAAGCCAGCGAGACGUGCAGCGGCUGCAAUGCCGCUCGCUACUGCGGCUCCUUCUGCCAGCACAAAGACUGGGAGAGGCAUCACCUCAUCUGCAGCCCAGGACUUCAGGCUCAACCCAAACCAGUUUCCGCCAUCACCGCAAGCAGGGCAGCAGCAGCAGCAGCAGCCGGGGUGUCUCCUGUCAGUCUGGUCGGGGUCAAGGCCCCCGACAGCGUUUCUUCAGUCUCCAGUCCUGGGGGAGAGAAGGCUUUGGUCGCUUCUCGCUCCUCCACCCCUUCCACCCCCGCCUCGGCCCCUGAGACCAACGGACACUAGGAGGUGAAGGACAUCAGUGGUGAACGUGUCACCUAUCCUCUUUCUUACCGGGGAAGAAUUGAAUCCGCAGCAAGAGGAAACUAUUUGUGGGUUAAGUUAGGAUACCAGAUUUUUCAUCAUACUCUUUGGCAGAAAGAAAAGGACAGAUUAUGGAUGACUGUUUGAGUGAUAUGUCAACUGGGACUUUGGCUUUGGCAAAGAACAGAAGGACUCGUCUCGAAUGCAUCUAUUGGAUGAACAGAUCUCCCCGAACAGAUGGAAACGUGUCUGUCGUCGUCCAAAAACCCCAAAUCUUGGAUCUGCGAGGGGCUGAAAAAAACUGACGAUUGAUCUGAGUGUAUCUCCGGCCGCGGGGAGGAAGUUAUAAAGGGGAGACAUAUGAGAAAAGACAGAGGAGAUUAAAAAAAACCCCCCCCCAAUAUUCUCACUUUGAUGUCUAUAGAUUUAAGAUAGGGAGGUGGUGGUGGAAAAUGUAAACAGUGUAAUAGUACCAGCCAUAAAGCAUCUGUCUUCGUCCUGUAGGAAAAAUCUGACCGUAGACCGUAAGAGUCGUCUCUGCAGCUCCUCCUCCUGUAUACAUAAAUAUCUGCUCGCCAACUUCUUGUCAGGUUUUUCAUGUGUGAAUGCGUGUGUCAAACGGUUGUGCCGUCAGUGAAUAUUGUACAGCAUAUGAUAACUUUUGUCAAAGCAAUAUUAAAGUGAAGUGUUCAGGUAUCACAAGCCGUUUCUGCAUCACCAAAGUUUUUAGUCGCUAAAGAGAGAGUCGUCCUUGCCUGUAAAUGUCCUUGUGAAUCAGAGAUAAUUAUACACUAACCCCACAUCAUAUGUACUUUUAUAAUGACUCUGGUCACUAUUUUAAAUGUCUGAUCAUCAGUCAUCUUCAAAGAACAGAGAGAAAGGUGAUGGUGAUUGGAUGAAGUAAGCGCAGGAAGAAGGAAGGAAGGCAGAAGAUGAAGUUAAGACUUUAUUGUGGUUGCGGUUUCAUUUUGGCACUUGUUUGCGUCACCAGUUUGUGUGUAUGGCGGGAUCGGAUGUUGCUCCAAAUCUUACAUCGUUGCAAUAUUUGCAUCGGACAGCUUUUCAAGUACAGUUUUUUAACAAAAGGAGAGAUAAGGGGUGACAAUUAAAUCUGUUUUACUUCAUUUGAAAUCAUCUAAAGGGAGAAAAUUCUCACUGGUUGCUUACAUUGCCUCGGUGAAGUUUUAGAGCAGCGACUCUGUCCCACGGAGAAUCUCAGGAGCAAAACUGUAUUUGUAUGCACAGAUCAUUCUGUUUUUCUUUUGUCGCAGUUAGGUUCAAGUCAAAAGUUUAUUGUAGUCUGCUGUUACGACUGAGACAUUGUUUUUGUUUUUCGUUCGUUGUAAGAUGACUUUGUAAAGAAUAUUAUGAGAGAAUGCCUUUAUUUUGUGAGCCACGAUUUUCUUUGUUCUUUAAACACGUUCUUUUGUUAUGAGGCAUAACUUCAUAUGAAAAAGAUAUCUUGACAUGAAGUAUGAAAUAAAGAAAUAGAACUACUUCAA